AUGAGGUUAGCACCAUUCCGUCUUAUUUUGCUUCCUCAACGAAUAAUGCUAUUCCUCGUAUAUGCUGGAAUGAACUAUUACGUAUAUCAUUACUUUAUUAGUCCUUCCAGCUAUAUCUUCAAAGAAUUAAGUUUAAUAACUGCAAUAAUUUGGUCUAUAAUUUCAUUUAUGUUUUUAUGGAGUUAUAUAAUUGUUUGUUGGAUAGAUGCUGGAUCAACUAUUUCCCUAAUUAAAAAUAUUAAACCACACGAAAAAGAAAAAUACGAAUUCCUCACAAGUGAAAAGUUAAACAAAUGCGAGAAAUGCAAUUUACCAAAGACAGAAAGAACUCAUCACUGUUCCAAAUGUAAUUUAUGCUACUACAAAUUUGAUCACCACUGCCUCAUUAUUGGAAAUUGCAUUGGUUUUCAUAAUUCUCAAGCAUUUGUUAUUUUCUUAGUAUACGGUACAUUAUCUUGGCUCUUCGCCGGAAUCAUUACAUUUUUCUCCAAGAGCUACUACAAUGGAUUCAACUCAACAGAUUCGUUUGUCAUUACAUUAGGUUUUGCUUGCUUAUUUAUUUGCAAUUUUAUUUUCGCAAAAUUAUCUUACGAAGAUUAUACACAGAAUAGAACAGCAUACGACCGUGUUACACAUCGCAAAUAUUCAGUAAAAAGACUGAAAUUAAAAUACCCUUUCCCAAUAUACAAAAUACUUCCAGAUUUAGAUGAAAGAAUAUAA